AUGGUUGUGAGAGGCACCCAUUACCAUAGAAUCAUGAAAGGGUCUUCGCUCCUGAACCCCAUUUCUCAGAGGCUACAAGGCAAGGUCGCCUUCAUAACCGGCGGAGCCAGCGGCAUUGGCGCUGCCACCGCCAGGCUGUUCGCCAAGCACGGAGCCAAGGUCGUCAUUGCCGACGUGCAAUCCGACCUCGGGCGCUCCGUCGCUCGAGAGAUCAGCUCCGAGGUCUCUGACGACGAUGCUGUCUCCUACGUGCAUUGCGACGUGACCAGCGACGUGGGCGUCGGCAAGGCGGUGGACGCUGCCGUCGCGGCGCACGGCAAGCUGGACGUGAUGUUCAGCAACGCCGGGGUGCCGGGGAAGGACAACAUCACGAUGAGCAUCUCGACGCUGGAGCCGCGGGUGCUGGAGCAGGUGCUGGCGGUGAACCUGAACGGCGGGUUCUACUCCGCGAAGCACGCCGCGAGGGUGAUGAUCCCUCGGAAGAGCGGCAGCAUCCUGUUCACGGCGAGCUCCGUCUGCUCGAGCUUCGGGGUGUCGUCGCACCCGUACGCGGCGGCGAAGGUGGCGGUGGUGGGGCUGAUGAAGAAUCUGUCCGUGGAGCUGGGGCAGCACGGGAUACGGGUGAACUCGGUGUCGCCGUGCGGGGUGGCGACGCCGUUCGCCUUCGAGGUGACGGGGGAGAGCGACCCGGAGGUGAUAGAGGAUUACAUCUCGGCGAGGGUUGGGCUGAAGGGCGCGAAGUUGCGGGUGGACGACGUGGCGGCGGCGGCGCUGUACCUGUCGAGCGACGAGGCGCAGUUUGUGAGCGGGUUGAACGUUUUGGUGGAUGGCGGGCACAACUUGAAGGCUGCUAAUUAGUGGCUAGUGGAAGGAUUGGGCGACGACAUUUUGGAUGAUUAAUGUGAUGUGAAGGAAGUCGUUGAAACUCGGGGCUUUGUUAAUUGUCGUUAUUAUCUCGAGAUUUGUGGAUGUGGGAUUUUGCUUCGGGCGUUUAGAUUCCACCGACGACAUUGACUAUUUUUGUUUUGAAGUGUUCUAUCAUCUAUGAAUAAAUAAUGGCUUCAUUGAUAGCAACGGGUGGUAGAUAGAUGUUGGCAUAUCCAUUAUCCCAUUUAAUGUGGUUCACCGUUCACGUUUUAACAAUGCUCAUAGGCAAAGGUGUUAGCGGUAAGGUGAGCAUUGAGGUCUUGCCUAUCGUUUAACUCUCUUGGGAGUAUCACCAAAGGUGGGCCCAAAAGAGAGCCUAUUCAGCUAAAGGCAGCCCAAGACAAUG